GCUGAUCUGGAUGACAAGCGUCUUUUUUUACAACGGCUCACACGCAAGAAGGAUGAAUCUACCAUCAAAGUCAAUUACGUCAAGGCAUUGAAUGAUUAUGAUGAGGCACAGUUAGUAUUUGUCUUUCGGCUAUGCUUGUACCAACAUUACACUAUAUCAGGCUUGCAUAUGAAUCAGCAUGAGCGGAGUUUGUGA